AUGGACAUAUCGGAGCAAGGGCGCAUCGUCGGACCGAUCACGGCGACGGCGGCGGCGAGUUGGAAGGAGCUCCACGGCGAGCGGUCGUGGGACGGGCUGUUGCGGCCGCUGGACCUGGACCUGAGGCGCACGUUGAUCUGGUACGGUGAGAUGGCGCAGGCAACGUACGACGCGUUCAACCACGAGAGGCACUCGCCGCACGCCGGACUCUCGAGGUUCGGCAGGAAGCGCUUCUUCGAGCGCGUGAUGCUGCCGGGCCACGCCGCCGCGUACCGGGUCACCAGGUUCCUGUACGCCACGUCCUCCGCCCCCGCCGCUCCGGCCGCCGCGUUCGUGAGGAGCCGCCAUCCGCGGCACCGGUGCAAGGAGUCCAACUGGAUCGGGUACGUCGCGGUGACCACGGAUGCGGGGAAGGCGGUGCUCGGGCGCCGGGACGUGGUCGUCGCGUGGCGCGGCACGAUCCAGGCGCUGGAGUGGGUCGACGACCUCGAGUUCUCCAUGGUGCAUCCCAAGGGCAUCCUUGGCGACGCCGAUGCCAUGGUGCACCGUGGCUGGUUCUCCAUCUACACCUCCAACGACCCGGCCUCCACCCACAACAAGGAAUGCGCGAGAAGCCAGGUGCUGGCCGAGGUGCGGAAGCUGGUAGACAUGUACAAGGACGAGGAGGUGAGCAUCACGGUGACCGGGCACAGCCUCGGAGCGGCGCUGGCUACCCUGAACGCCUUCGACAUCGUCGAAAAUGGCUACAACUGCACGGUCUCGGCGACGUUCCCCGUCACGGCGUUUGCGUUCGCCAGCCCGCGCGUGGGCGGCGCCGGAUUCAAGAAGCGGUUCGACGCCGCGGCCGUGGCCGUCGGCCUCCGCGUCCUGCGCGUCCGCAACGCCCGGGACAUCGUACCCAGGUACCCGGCGCUGCUGUACCACGACGUGGGCUCCGAACUGGCCAUCGACACCGGCGCGUCGCCGUACCUGAGGGCGACCAGGGACAGGCGCGUGUGGCACAACCUGGAGUGCUACCUGCACGGUGUGGCGGGCGCGCCGACGGCGGCCGGAGGAGCGUUCGAGCUCGUGUUGGAACGGGACGUGGCCCUUGUGAACAAGUUGUACGAUGCGCUGAGAGAGGAGCACGGGGUGCCUGCGGGGUGGUGGGUGCCGUGGAACAAGGGCAUGGUGAAGGGGGACGACGGACGCUGGAGGCUGGUGGACUGCGAAGACGAGGAUGGGGAGGACGCCGUCGUGCCGCCGGUGAACAAGUGA